AUGAAUGGUUCGCGAGCCGCCGUCGCGGGCAAGCGAAAGGCACCCACCUCGCCCGACCAGGUGCCGCCUCGGAAACGUCCCGUCAACGGCAAGCUGUCGGCCGACGACAACACCCCCGACGCCGAGGAGAUGGACUACGACGAUGACUCGGAGCUCGACGAAGACCUCCACGAACCCCUAUACAUCGGUACCCCGACGAGCUUGGGGGAGUGGCAAGAUACGAUCCAGAAAGUCGUCCGCAACGUCGUCGCCAUCCGCUUCUGCCAGACGUGUUCUUUCGAUACCGACCCAGCCUUGACGAGCGAGGCCACCGGCUUCGUUGUCGAUUCGGAACGAGGGUACAUCCUGACGAACCGUCACGUCGUCGGCGCAGGUCCCUUUUGGGGUCACUGUGUCUUUGACAAUCACGAAGAAGUCGAUUGCUACCCCGUCUACCGCGAUCCCGUCCACGACUUUGGCAUCCUUCGCUACGAUCCCAAGGCGAUCAAGUACAUGCAGGUCGAAGGCCUCACUCUGAGCCCCGACCAGGCGAAGGUUGGUGUCGAGAUUCGAGUGGUCGGCAACGAUGCCGGCGAAAAGCUCAGCAUCCUUUCCGGCGUCAUCAGCCGCCUCGAUCGAAACGCGCCCGAGUACGGAGAAGGGUACAGCGACUUCAACACGUGCUACUACCAGGCAAACGCCGCCGCCAGCGGGGGCAGCUCUGGCAGUCCCGUCGUCGGCAAGGAUGGUUCCGCCGUCGCCUUGCAGGCCGGCGGACGCUCCGACGGUGCCUCGACCGACUACUUCCUCCCCCUCGACCGUCCUCUCCGUGCCCUCCAGUGCAUCCAAAACGGCCAACCCGUCACCCGUGGCGACAUCCAAUGCCAGUUCCUGCUCAAGCCCUUUGACGAGUGCCGUCGACUCGGCCUCUCGCCCGAGUGGGAGGCGGCCAUGCGGGAAGCCUUCCCGGACGAGACGAACAUGCUCGUCGCCGAGAUCGUGCUUCCUUCCGGUCCCUCGCACGGCAAGGUUGAGGAAGGUGACGUCGUCAUCAAGGUCAACGGAGAGCUCAUCACCCGGUUCAUCCGUCUGGACGACAUCCUCGACUCCAACGUCGGCAAGCCCGUCAAGCUCCACCUGCAGCGUGGCGGCGAGGACGUCGAGGUCGAGAUCGAGGUCGGAGACCUUCACAGCAUCACGCCCGACCGAUUCGUCACCGUCGCCGGCGCGAGCUUUCACAACCUUUCCUACCAGCAGGCGAGGCUCUACGCCGUUCCCGUCCAGGGUGUCUACGUUUGCGAAUCGGCCGGCUCGUUUCGGUUUGAGAACACGGACAACGGAUGGAUGAUCCAGAUGAUCGACCACAAGAAGAUAACCGACCUCGACACCUUCAUCGACGUCAUGAAGGCCGUUCCGGACAGGGCGAGGAUCGUCGUCACCUACAAGCACCUGCGGGAUCUGCACACCCUCAACACGACCGUCAUGUACGUCGACCGCCACUGGUCCUCCAAGAUGAAGAUGGCCAUCCGAAACGACGAGACGGGCCUCUGGGACUUUUCCGAUCUCGGCGACCCGCUGCCUCCCGUGCCUCCCGUCCGACGAUCGGCCUCCUUCAUCGAGCUCGACCACCUGCCGCACACGGGCAUCGCCGACCUCAUCAGGAGCUUCGUCCACGUGAACUGCACCAUGCCCAUGAAGCUCGACGGAUUCCCCAAGAACCGACGCUGGGGCAUGGGUCUCGUCAUCGACGCCGAAAAGGGCCUCGUUCUCAUCUCGAGGGCCGUCGUCCCCUACGACCUCUGCGACAUCAACGUCACCAUUGCCGACUCCGUCAUCGUCGAGGGCAAGGUCGUCUUCCUCCAUCCGCUGCAGAACUAUGCCGUCAUCAAGUACGACCCCUCGCUCGUCGACGCGCCCGUCCACACGGCGAGGCUGAGCAGCGAGCACCUGACGCAAGGUGCCAAGACCUUCUUCCUCGGCUACAACAGGAUCGGCCGAGUCGUGCACGGCGCCACCACGGUGACGGAAAUCACAGCCGUCGCGAUCCCCGCCAAUUCGGGCGCGCCCCGGUACCGCGCCAUCAACGUCGACGCCAUCACCAUCGACAGCAACCUCGGCUCGACCUGCAACAGCGGUGUCCUCGUCGCGCCCGACGGCACCGUGCAGGCCCUUUGGCUCAACUACCUCGGCGAGCGGUCGCCCUGCAGCCAGCGGGACGAGGAGUACUACCUCGGCCUCGGCACGCCCACCCUGCUGCCCGUUCUCGAGACCAUCCAGCGAGGCGAGGUGCCCCAGCUGCGCAUCCUCUCGGUCGAGCUGCGAUCGGUGCAAAUGUCGCAGGCACGCGUCAUGGGCGUGUCGGAUGAGUGGAUCAAGAAGGUGACGCAGGCCAACCGGUCGCACCACCAGCUCUUCAUGGUCAGCAAGAGGACCUUUGAGCGCGUCGAGCAUCCAGUCUCGCUGCUCGAGGGCGACAUCAUCCUGACGCUCAACGGCAAGAUCUGCACCACGAUAUCCGACUUUGACGUCAUGUAUUCCAACGAGGUCCUGGACGCCGUCGUCGUCCGCGAGUGCGAGGAGCUCGCCCUGCAGCUACCCACCGUGGCCGCCAAGGACAUGGAGACGGACCACGCCGUCUCCUUCUGCGGCGCCGUCCUGCAUCGCCCUCACCAGGCCGUUCGGCAGCAGAUUAGCAAGCUGCACAGCGAGGUGUACGUCUCGAGCCGAAUCCGGGGGUCGCCGGCUUACCAGUACGGCUUGGCGCCGACAAACUUCAUCACCCACGUCAACGGACAGCCGACGCCGGACCUCAAGUCGUUCAUCGAGGCAACGCGGAGGAUCCCGGACAAUACUUACUUCCGAUUGAAGGCGGUGACGUUUGACAGCGUGCCGUGGGUGGUGACGAUGAAGAAGAACGACCACUACUUCCCAACCAUGGAGUGGAGCCAGGACAUGAACGAGCCCUGCGGGUGGCGGCGAGUCACGUACGAGGGCACGAGAGUGUUUGAGGGAGAGGCGACCGACGGCAUUCCCCCCGUCAUCGAGGAGGCCGAGGCGGAGUAG